UCAUUGAAAAAAAAAAACAGAGGGAAUAAUCUUUAAAAAAUAAUUUGUCAUUUGCACUAUUAUCCUCCAUUAAUAAUGCUUAAAACCUCCUUUGGUUCACAAAAUAGCCAGAAAGAUAAAACUUUUUAUUUAGAAACCAAGAAUUCCGUGCCUUAUGGUAUAUAGUUAAGCAAAGAUAAAAUCUGGGUUUUUGUUUUGGGAGUUAUGUCUAUCAUAGUUUGGUUUAGAAGGGAUCUUAGAGUUGAAGAUAAUCCAGCACUCUUAGCCGGAGUUAGGGCAGGCCCUGUUUUUGCAGUUUUCAUAUGGGCACCUGAAGAAGAAGGCCAUUAUCAACCUGGAAGGGUUUCAAGAUGGUGGCUUAAACAUAGUUUGGCUCUUCUUGAUUCUUCUUUGAGGAGCCUGGGAACUUGCCUCAUAACAAAGAGAUCAACUGAUAGUGUUUCAUCUCUUCUCCAGAUUGUUAAAUCCACUGGUGCCACUCAGCUCUUCUUCAAUCACUUGUAUGAUCCUAUAUCUCUGGUUAGGGAUCAUCGAGCAAAGGAAGUAUUGACGGCCCAUGGUGUAGCGGUUCGAUCGUUCAAUGCGGAUUUGCUUUAUGAACCUUGGGAUGUAAAUGAUGAUAAUGGCCGCCCUUUCACUACUUUUACUGCUUUCUGGGAAAAAUGCCUUAACAUGCCUUUUGACCCUGAGGCUCCUCUUCUUCCACCUAAAAGAAUAAUUUCAGGUGAUGUGUUAACUUGCACUACGGAUGUGUUGGUGUUUGAAGAUGAAUUGGAGAAGGGAAGCAAUGCGCUUUUAGCUCGAGCAUGGUCACCAGGGUGGAGCAAUGCAGAUAAAGCUUUGACAACGUUCAUUAAUGGACCUUUAAUUGAGUACUCGAAGAACAGAAGAAAAGCUGAUAGUGCAACAACUUCAUUUCUUUCCCCCCAUUUGCAUUUUGGGGAGGUUAGUGUCCGAAAAGUCUUUCAUCUCGUUCGAAUGAAGCAGGUUUUAUGGGCUAAUGAAGGGAACAAAGCUGGUGAAGAGAGUGUAAACUUGUUUCUGAAGUCGAUCGGCUUGAGGGAAUACUCAAGAUACUUGAGUUUUAACCAUCCUUACAGCCAUGAAAGGCCUCUUCUCGGACAUCUUAAGUUUUUCCCUUGGGUUGUCAAUGAGGGUUAUUUCAAGGCAUGGAGACAAGGAAGAACAGGUUAUCCAUUGGUGGAUGCUGGCAUGAGAGAGUUAUGGGCCACCGGUUGGCUACAUGAUCGUAUUCGAGUUGUUGUAUCGAGUUUUUUUGUCAAAGUUUUGCAGCUUCCAUGGAGAUGGGGUAUGAAGUAUUUCUGGGAUACCCUCUUGGAUGCAGAUUUAGAAAGCGAUGCUCUCGGUUGGCAGUAUAUAUCCGGUACUCUCCCAGAUGGUCGUGAGUUCGACCGCAUCGAUAAUCCGCAGUUUGAAGGUUACAAAUUCGAUCCGAAUGGAGAAUAUGUCCGGCGGUGGCUUCCAGAACUUGCAAGACUACCAACUGAUUGGAUUCACCAUCCAUGGAAUGCUCCUGAAUCUGUACUCCAAGCUGCUGGCAUCGAGCUUGGAUCAAAUUACCCUCUGCCUAUUGUAGGAAUAGAUGCUGCAAAAUCCAGGUUGCAAGAAGCACUUUCAGAGAUGUGGCAACUAGAAGCAGCUUCAAGAGCUGCAAUUGAGAAUGGAACUGAGGAAGGCCUCGGAGACUCUUCCGAGUCAGUGCCAUUUGCAUUUCCGCAAGACAUACAAAUGGAGGAAAACAUUGAACCAGCAAGGAACAAUGCUCCAGCUACAACACGGAGAUAUGAGGAUCAGAUGGUUCCUAGCAUCACUUCUUCGUUGUUGAGAGGUGAACAUGAAGAGUCUUCUUCGUAUCUUAGAACUUCAGCAGAAGAUAGCAGAGCAGAAGUUCCAGGAACUGUAAAUAUAAAUCGAGAACAACGGAGAGACACAUUAAACCAAGCGAUUCCAGAAACAGCACGCAGCCUGCAACUUAACUUCCCGAUUGGGUUGAGAAAUGCUGAGGAUUCCACAGCAGAAUCAUCUAGUAGUAAUAGGAGAGAAAGGGAUGGCGGAGUUGUUCCAGUUUGGUCCCCGCCAUCUUCGAGUUACCCCGAGCAAUUUAUAGGUGAGGAAAGUGGUAUCGGUGCAAGCUCAUCUUUUCUACAAGGGCAUCCACAGUCCCACCAAAUCAUAAAUUGGAGGCGAUUAUCUCAAACCGGGUAAAUUCAUCUGAAUCAUCGUUCCAUAUCGAAUCCAUAUCAAACCGAUCAAUAUCAAUCCAAUGCCUGUGUAACCAUGACUACUUCACAAUAUGAUUUACAGGUAAAACGAAUACACGCCAAAGGCAGGUACCUAGUACUUGCAGAACGCUCAGUCUAGUGGCCGGAUUGGACGAUAACAUGGCAUGUUAUCAACCCCAUAUAUUGUCCACGAAUCUAACUCGACCUGCAGCCAACUCGGGAGUUGGAUGAAUGAUCAGCUAUCCAAUGUUCUACCAUACGCAUAGCUCUGCUGUAUAGUGUUUUGUCUCCUUUAUAUAAAAGGGUAGAUGAGAUUCAUGGUAGAAAUGUUGUAAUCCUGGAAUAAAAACAGGCUUCUGUGUAUUUACUUUUUAACUGAUUAGGAAGUUGUAUUGUAUAACUCAUUCCUAUUGCUCCCUCUUUUUUCUUUUUAUUUAAUUACUUAUGUUUGUCA